CUUUCCUCCUUCGUUAUGGAAGGUGCAGCUUCAUGCAGGCGCCGAGCCAGAUCCUUAGACGCUAGACCCCUACAGUAAAAUAGAGGGAAGUCCAAAAUGUAAAGGCAUUGUUAUCCUUGCGCGCUUGCACCCUGGUGGCGACAGAGUGACAGAUUUAUUUCAUUAACCCGUCUCGAGUGACCUUGGCUGGGGCUUAAACUCUGUGCGCCCCUCCAGGUUCACUAUUCAGAGCUGCACUCUCCAAGUCGCAGCAGCAGCAAAGGCAUUUUGGGGACCCAAAGGGCUGUCAACAUGAGCCCAAACACAAAGACCGCUGCGUUGCUAUGAGGAGAGGGAUUGUUUCUGAAAGUCAUAUUCUCCCAGUCCCAAUGAGAACCAUGAGCACUGUGGAGGAGGAGCCGGACCACAUGAUACCAUGAAGAGAAGCCUGCAGGUCCUGCGCCGCCAGCUGCUGAAUGUCCUAGUGAUCCUGGCUGUGCCAGUGGGCCUGGUGUCUUCUACCCAGGAGCUGUACCCCAGCCGGACCCCCCAGGACCCUGUCUCCAUGGCAGCGCCCCACAGCAGCCCCCCUAACCCGCUCUCGGCCCUGGCCCCCCCAGACUGGCAGCAGGAGGGCUCCAGCAGCGGGGAUUCUUGGACCCCACAGGGAGGGGCAAUGCCCACGGGCAUCAUCCAGCCCACCGCAUCCCACAGCUCUUGGGGCUGGCAUCUAAACCACAACACCAGCCUGGCACACAUUAUAACACCACCCAGUAGAGACAGCCUCAUUCAAGCUGCAGCUACUGUCAGUCCUAACACUGUGAGCUCUGUGAGAGUUAACCAAGACCCUGGCCUUAGCUCUGCCAGCCCCAGCCCAGUCAAGCAGGCCCACUCCCCCAGCUCUAGUGCUCUCAACCCGGGCCACAGCUCCAGUUCUCUCAGUGCAGACCAGGGACUCAUGCCCAACUCGUUUAGUGUAAAUAAAGCCCGUAGCCCAGAUACUGUCAGUGUUAACCAGGGCAACAGCCCUCCUAGCCUUACCAGCUCUGGUGGCCCGCAUAGUGAGGUGGCUCCGGACUCUGGGUCUGCCCUGGUUCCUCCAAUGCCUAGCCCACUCACAGAGAGAGGGCAUACUCUUGACCCGGAGCUUGGUGGUCUCCCGUCCCCCACACACACGCAUGCCCCCCUGGUGGGGAAUGACGAGGAGGCCACAGACCCCAGUCAGCAGGACUUCACCAGUGAGCUGCAGCCUUCCUCCCUCUCCACCUCCUCCUCUUCCUCAGUGGAUGCUGCUCUAGAUCAGACCCUCAGGGAGCAUGUUGAAGCCACACCCGAGCUGUCCCAACCCCACGCCAUCACCCUACGGGGGGUGCACCCAUUGGUCAACGAAAGGCCCACCAGGGAGCUCAAAACAGAGGGGCCUGCCUCUCCAAAAGAAAGCCCACCAGACAAGCCCCCCUCCCCCUCCCCGGCCCCGGCCCCCACCUCUCCAUCUCCCCCCUCCCUGACCCAUGCCAGUCUGGCCCCAAAGUCCAGCCCUGUCUCCACCAAUGGUACCACAACCAAUGACACCGCAGCCCAGGAGACAGGCAGCGGCAGGGCCCCUCCUCAGGGUACAACAACAGAUGAUGCCCCCCUUGGCCCACAAAGCCCACUUGGCAAUGCCACUUUUCAUAACGGCAGUGUGGAGGGCAGCCCUAGCAAGAACCCCUCCUCCCAGUGGAACAGCUCGUCCCCUACGGAGCCUCCCUCCACGGCCAGUGGGAACUUUCUGAACCGCCUGGUCCCCGCCACCACCAGGGACCCCUGGGGUCCAGGCAACGGCUCUGGCCCUGCUAUGGACUCGCCGCUGUCCCGCGCCACCAUCUGCCUGAGCAAGAUGGACAUCAUGUGGAUCGUGUUGGCUAUCAGUGUGCCUGUGACCUCAUGCUCUGUCCUGUUGACUGUGUGCUGUAUGAGGAGGAAGAAGAAGUCUUCAAGCCAGGAGAACAACCUGAGCUACUGGAACAAUGCCAUCACCAUGGACUACUUCAACAGGCACGCGGUGGAGCUGCCUCGGGAGAUCACGUCCCUAGACAACGCUGAGGAGCAGGAGACGUGCCUACCUCCUAAUGGAGACUACAGCGACAGCGGGGUGGUGCUGGUUAACCCUUUCUGCCAGGAGACCCUGUUCAUCAACAGAGAGAAGGCCUGUGACAUCUAGAGCGGACAGAUGCUGGUCUGGUGGCCAUGUCCUGAUACCACCGGUACAAGACUGUCAAAAAUAAAAGUCUGACUUUCAAAAUAAAUGUCCCCCGCCCUUUUCUCCCUGUCGUUGUCAUUUUUAUACAUGUGGUUAACUUCAGAGACACCCACUUUAUACUGUAUAUUAUGAAUACAUAAACGAGACGAAGAGAAGAGCUAAAAACAGACACUAUUUACUAUGAGGGUUUGCCUGCAUAUUUUUCUGAUGUACAUUUUCUACAAAAGCUUAAUUGUGAUAAUGGUUUUUAUGUCUUUAUAAUCUACGGAGUAUGUGUGAUUUGCCUUUGGUUACAGUGGCUUGAUGGUGAGAGCAUUGUGGACGUGGCCACUUGAAUUCUGCUUUAGAGAAAAUAUAUUAUGUAAGAACGUUAUGUUUCAUUUUCUUAAAAAUCAAACCCAAAAUACUUACUGAAAAGCCUGUUGAACUUGAAUUCUGUACCUACGUACUUGAGGGGAUAUGGAGGUUUAGGGCAAGGUUUGUGAGGCCAGGUUGUAGUAGAGAGUGCCCAAAGGGUAUAGCGUUGUAUCUGAAUAGACCAAAUGGACUUUCCCCCUCGCGUGUCACCAGCCUCUCUGUUGAGGGACCACGUACAUGUCUUAACUCCCUUUGUCAAGCUGUCUGUCUAUCUGUCUGUCUGUGUGUGUCUGUGUGUCUGUGUGUGUGUGUGUGUGUGUGUGUGUGUGUGUGUGUGUGUGUGUGUGUGUGUGUGUGUGUGUGUGUGUGUGUGUGUGUGUGUGUGUGUGUGUGUGUGUGUGUGUGUGUGUGUGUGUGUGUGUGUGUGUGUGUGUGUGUGUGUGUGUGCGUGUGUGUGCGUGUUCACCGGUAUGGGCCGUCUGUGUGUAUCUCUGUCUGUUUGUCUGUAUGGAUUUGUGUUAUGGAGUGGGUUCUGGUUUUGGCAGUCAAUGAUGUUUGUUUAACGUUAGCCCUCUCUAACCCUAAAUAUUUUGAGACCAAACAUAUCAUAAUCUCCCUCCAUAAGUACAGUAUUUGUCCAUGAGAGUAAAUUGUGUUUAUUACUGUAAUGUACAGAUACUGAAUGAUAUUUGAUUUAAUUUCUGGAUGUAAAAAUAAAAAAUGCCGUAGAAAUCAUGACCAAUGAAAAUACUGAGAUAAUAUUUUAUCCUGAAUAUUUACUGUGAGCACAUACAGUGGUAGAGUUUAAUCAAACAUACAUAUUUUGUUUCAUUAUCAAAUCGAUUUGUGUAUCAUGCUUUACUUUUGCUUUGUCACAUGUUUGUAGUUGCUAAAUGCUGCCUUUUGUUACUGCCUCUGCUUGUCACAUUGUGAAACGCUUAUCUGUUCAAUCAUACUACCCAGUGUUUGAAAAUGUUGUUGAAUGAGCGUUUUGUUGAAUAUGUUAUCAAUCUACUGGAUGUUCACUGAGUAUACCAAACAUUAGGGACACCUUCCUAAUAUUAAGGUGCACCCCUCCCCCCUUUCCCCUCAGAAGACACUCAAUACGUCAGGACAUGGACUCUACAAGGUGUCCAAUGCUUCCCACAGUUGUGUCAAGUUGGCUAGAUGUCGUCUGGUUGGUGGACCAUUCUUGAUACACACAGGAAACUGUUGAGUGUGGAAAAACCAGCAGUGUUGCAGUUCUUGAUACAAACUGGUACGCCUGGUCCCUACUACCAAACCCUGUUCAAAGGCACUUACAUUUUUGUCCUGCCCAUUCACCCACUGAAUGGCACACAUACACAAUCCAUGUCUCAAUUGUCUCAAGGCUUAAAAAUCAUUAUUUAACCUGUUUCCUCCCCUUCAUUUACAUUGAUUGAAGUGGAUUUAACAAGUGACAUCAGUAAGGGAUCAUAGCUUUCACCUGGAUACACCUGUCCAAUCUAUGUUAUGGAAAGAGCAGGAGUUCAUAACGUUUUGUAUACUCAGUGUUGCUGCAACGGGCACGAGGUGCCAUACCAGAGAAUGGGUAUUUUGCUAAAUGUAGAAUGGAGAGGAGGGGCAGUAUCUUGUGUCCAGCGUCAUGUAUUUUUUGUAUCGUAACAUACACUGUCAUUUUUACUGCUGAGCAAUAAAAGAGAAAAGCUUUGAACA